AUUACUAUUGCCUUUGCCGCCGCAGGAUACCAGAUAAAUGAGCGAUGGUUGGCAGCAAUAGUACGGCGGAGACGGCGUUUGCCAAGACCAUCUGCUCAAUCUGUUAUGAAGACCUCAAACCCAUUGUCGAAGACCUUCAAUCCAUCUCCAUCUGCGGCCACGUUUUUCACGAGCUUUGUCUUCAGCAAUGGUUCGAGUAUUGCACAAAUGGGAAGAAGAAGAAUUGUCCCGUAUGCAAGCAGACUUGUUCCAAUGCAAAUGUGGGUCGUCUUUAUUUUCAAUCUGUUGGGGAUCCGAAUGACCUGGGUUUAACUCAGAAAGAAGGGAAUUAUGGGGAGAAUCCCGAGGAAUUGCGGAAUGAAGUGAGGAGAUUGGAAGGGAAGGUUAUAGGGCUUAGCUCAGCUUUGGAGCAGUUACAGAAGAGUUCUGAAGCUGUCAAUGCUGAGCUGUGCAUGUAUAAGGAAACGGUCCAAGUAGAGGUGGCUUUAAAGAAUGAAGCUCUAAAGCAGAAAGCUACCAUCCAGCAACUGAUGCAUUUCAAAUCUGAGGAGUUGGACCGAUCAACUCUGGAGUGCAUGAGGCUUCAGGAAAGGAAUAUGGCCUUAGCCAAGGAACUUGCAGCACUGAAGCUAGUAUCUGAUUUGAACUUGGAUGACGAUGAGGUUCUGAAGCUUGCAUGCUUGGGUAAUGAGGUCAACAGCAAAGAGACUAUUGAUGUUCUGAAGAAAUCAUUGGUCAUCCGUAACAAGAGCUACAAAGAAUUGAUGACUAAGUGCAAUGUGCUUGGAAGAGGAGAGGCUCGGUCUCUUAGUAAACUAGAGAAGGCUAAAGAUAAGAUAAAGAAGCUGAAGGAAAGGAUCCAGGAACUUGAAUCUGUUGCUGAAGUAAAAGUUAAUGAAACUUUGAGAACUUUGAAAGCUUCUAGAAAAUCUGCUUGUGAGGUAGAAAAACUUGCUAAGGGUUUCGACCAGGGUAGCAGAAAUGACGUAACUUCAUGCAGAGAUCAAAACAAGGAACCUGUUCCGGAAACAGAAAUGGGCAUAUCGGAGAAUUCAUCUUGUUCACUAAAGAAAAGGAAGCUUAACUCUUCUGGAUUUACAAGUAAUAGAGGUACAACUGAUAAUGUGGUUCCCAGGAAAAUUAACCCAGCUAAUCAGGAUCAAGGCUACUUCUUGCAUAAUCAAGUUGAGAAUGCGAGGGAGACUUUUGUUCACUUGAACUCGUGUGGACAAUUGAAACCUUUAGCUGAAAAUGGAGGGGCAGCCUGGAAGAGUGGCUCAAGGACAGGGGACACACUAAGUGAAAUCCAAGCUGAGCGACAUGGCAGCAUGGACGGAGCAUCAGGUGCAGUGGGAGAUACAAAGCCUAAUACCGAGAACAGAGCAGAUAUGGUGGAUAAUAACAUCGUAAUACUAGAUGAUGACAUGGGAUUACCUCAGUCUUUGCUGAAUGUUAGAAAAGAAACUCCAUUACCAGCUGUAGUUUCCCAGCGAGGAAAUCACUGUUUCUCUGGGGGGUUGCUAGGUCCUGAUGGGACUAAAUGGCACUUGGGGAAAUGGUGCAAGAGGAAUAAGGGUCAAGCAUCUCUGUCUAUGGGACUGCAAGGUUCAAAUGCAAGUACGGCAGACUUGAUUGCUGUUGGAGCUGAUGGUAGGGGUGGCAGAAUUAAAGUUUUGAGAUCUCUCAAUCAGUCAUCAUUGGAUAACAGAGAAAAUCUUACAAGCACAAAGAAAUGCAAAGUGGGAGACAAACCAAGUAGUUUCCAGUCUCAUGGGUGCUUGCAAAUAGAGCACUUCUUCGGAAGGGCAAGUCAAUAGUAGAGAUUCUCGGGUGAAGUUUGUAGCCGGUUUUGGAUAUGAGGAGAUUUUUCUCCUUGCGCUUGUGAUUAUGUUAACUUAUCCUCAAUUUAGUCUGUGGCUCAAAUUAGUGAGGGUGUAGCCUUGUAUGUUCAGUAUGUAAAUCAAGUUGGAAGUGCUUAGUUGCAUAAGCAAAUUUUCAUGUACAUUUUAGUCACAUGAUUUACCUCUUCGUGUGCAGGGCAGUUUUGA